AUGCCAUUUCAAAGAGGUUUAGACGAAGAUUUUUUGGGACAUCAAAAAAAAAAAAAAAAAAAGGUUUUUUUUUUUUCAGUGAUCCACAUGCUCAAGUACAUCUAUACUGCGUCGUCUCAAAUUCCAAACUUCCCGGAGUACAUGAGUGUCGGUUAUGUUGACGGCGUUCAGAUUACCCACUACGACAGCAAGAGCGGGAAAUAUAGACUUAAACAGGACUGGAUGAACAAAAUCACAGCCGAGGAUCCACACUACAGGGAGAGACAGACACAGAUCAGUAUUGGGGCAGAGCAGGUCUCCAAAGUUGACAUUGAAAUUGCUAAAGAGCGCUUCAACCAAACUGGAGGUUUGUCGCCGUCCAACUUUGGAGCAUUUCAAGACAUUUCAUGCGCCGGUCGCCUUUUUCAGCAGACGUUGGUUUAUCUCUGGGCACGCCGUCACGUGCCUUUCUCUCAGGUGUUCACAUGUACCAGCGGAUGCUUGGCUGUGAAUGGGACGAUGAGACCGGCGAGGUGGACGGUUGGGAACACUAUGCUUGCGACGGAGAAGACUUUAUAUCGUUUGAUUUGAAGGGACUGAGGUGGAUCGCGGUCAAGCCGCAAGCUGUCGUCACCAAAAACAAGUGGGACCAAUUUGAUCUUCAAUACCGGAAGCAUUACAUCACUGAGAUUUGCCCUUCUUACUUGAAGAAAUACGUGAGUUUUGGGAGGGACUUC